UCUCAACAGAGAGAUCCAUCACUGCCUAAGCUAAACAUUUCAGUUUUGUGUCUUCUGUUGCAGAGAAAGUUUCUCCUUUGAAGUCUGAACUGAAGACUCAACUUUUACAAUGAGCCGUCCGCAGCGUCACAAUGACGGUGAAGUGUCUGACACCCAACAGCACCCAGUGUCCUCCAGGGGGUCAAAGGUCCCCUCAGAGAAAGUGGCCCUGCUGGUCCUCAGUGCUCUCCUGGCAGCUACUGUCGUUGUUAUUUGCCAGCUUUCUCUUGCUUUGGUGCGAACGAAUGAACGUUUCCAGACACUGAGAGACGACUCUGAUGCUGUCAAAAGAAAUACCGAUGGAUCAUGUUGGAAAUGUGAAGACGGCUGGGAGCGACAUGGAGAGAAGUGUUAUUCCUUCUCCACCACUAAAUCAACAUGGAAUAAGAGCAGAGAUGAAUGCAGCGGAGGAAGAGGAGACCUGGUGAAGAUAAACAGCACAGAGCAGCAGACAUUCCUGGACAUGAGACUGAGAGACAAAAUGACGGAUGCUGAGGACAAAUUCUGGAUCGGACUGACCGACUCAGAGAGCGAGGGCACUUGGUUGUGGGCGGACGGAUCUCCACUGAACCCAAGUUUGGUUUUCUGGAGCAACGAUGAGCCGGACAACUGGGACGGAGAUAACCCUGAUGGGGAGGACUGUGUGAGGAUGGGGGAGAGAAGAGGAACAGUAGAACAUAAGAGCUGGUUUGAUAAAGCCUGUGAAAUCCCUCAUAAAUAUAUUUGUGAGAAACCAGCAGAAACAAGAGAAAUUAAUUAAUUCCCUGAAGUACUUCAGCUGAAGUCUCACUCAGCUUGUAGAACAAUCUAAGUCAAGGAUAAGUGAAUGUGGAGAAAUUUUGUUAAUUUUUAUACAGCUAAUUUAACCAGCAGUUAAAGAAAUAUAAUCAGUGUUGUAGGCUAUAUAUAAAGUAGAGAGUGGGGAAUGACAAGAGGGGAAGGAGACACAGGUUGGACUGGAACCUGGGCCGCCCGCUUGGAGGACUAUAAUCCACAUUUUAAACCCUUUUGCAAUGGACAGCAGUUAAGUUUGGUUAAUGGAAACGUCUGGAAAGAGGGUGUAAAUGUCGGAAAUGUCGUCACAAUCCACCAGAGCUCAAAGUGACAACAUGACACAAACGUUUCAGUCCAAACCACAAAGUUCAAAUAGUUGUAUGAAUUUCAAGCGACUGUGGUUCAGUGGACUCAGUCGUCCCUCAACCAGAAGGUCGGGGGUUCCACUUAACAUAGUUUCUCAAGUUUCAACUUUGUGCUUAAAGUCCCUCUGAGUGUAUAGAUAGAGGAUGUUUUUCUCUUUCUAACCAAAUCAAUAAAUAACUUCCAAGAACGGAUUGUUUGUUUGAUUAGCGCUUCCUGUUUUCAAUCAGCCCUUCCUGACAAGCAAACCGCAAAAACUUGCACAACACAGUGACACAGCAUGAAGCUAUAAAAAGAAACCUUACAGAUAAGUCCCUCAGGUUUGAUAUUAUCUAGAAAUGUUCAGUCUGGUAGAUUGAAACGUGCAGUAUGUAGGGUGAAUUCGCUUAAUGUGGGACAAUUUUUGCAUUUAAGACUGUAUUGCAACAUGAAGCUAUACAUUAAAUCCACACCCAGUACCACUCUGAAAUCCCCAGGAUGUCACCUAAUCAAACCCAAAGAGAAAAUCCAGUUAUCACACUCAUUAAAGAAAUAGUAGACAUAUCAGUAGUCUUAGUGCCAAAUUGUCUCUGACAAUCUGCAUUUCCUAAUGUGGGACAGUGCUGUUCUAAAUGUGGGACACUGAAAAGUCUAUGUUAAAAGGCCUAAAUCACCUUAAUUCUAGUGUGUCACACUCAAGUCUAAAAUGUGCAAUCCAAUGUUCUGUAAUUUUACCACUUACAAUGUUAUUGGUGUUACAAAACACUAAAAAAGGACAUUAAUCAUUUUGAUGUAUUUAGUAGAAAGACAAUAGGCUAUUAUAUCACCAUAUCUGACAUGCAGAGAAAGCAGAAUGUAAUGAACAUUUUAUGCAUUAAUUUAUUUAAAGAACUGCAAUGUAACUAUGUUAAAAUGUUAAAAUGUUUUCUAUUCCAUACAUCUGUCCUGAAUAAAAUAAAUGCUUAGCCAACUAACCAA